AUGGGUGAGUGGGCGGGUGUUCUUUUUACGGGAGUGCACGAGGAGCAGGUGACCCGCCGCCGGACGCACGAGGAUGUCAUCGUCGAGCUACCGAGGUGCAGCUUUCGGCUUGAGAUCGUGCCGAACAGAAGGAACAAAAGGAAACUAGCAGCAGGGGAAUACAAGACAUUCCUACCGGUAUGA